AUGUUGAUAACGGAGAGCGAAACGAAAUGUAGAACAAGUCUAAAAGGAAAUGGCAUCAAAUCAAAGGUUCCAGCUCAGAAACUUAUGUCUUUUUGGGUGGAUUCAGAGACCCCAUUGGAGAAUAUUAAUGCGACAAUAACACUUAGUGAGAAAAAAUUAUGAUUGUUGUUAAAAAUAUCACAUUUUUUUAGUUGAUUCGGAGACACAAGUCAAAGUAUUCACAUCAGCGGAUCACAAAAACAAAAAGAUGACAUUUUUCUAUACACUUCCAAACAGUAAUGCGAAACAAGUCAUUAUUUCCAUCAAUGUCGCCGAAGAUAAUUAUAGAUUAAUUUGCGACAUUGAAAAAAACAAUGAGAAACCAACGGAAUUCGACAGAACCAUCAUGGAAAUAGUGAGUUGAACAUUUUUCCGAAAAGUUGGAAAAACAGCGCAUCGAAAAUAUAUCGCGCUGUGAGAUUUGAUCCAAAAUGCCUUGCUUCAGACUACUGCAUCGCGCUGUGUGUUUCUACGAAAACCUAGUAUUCUUUUAUUUUUUCCAACCUUAGAUACGACUGAUUGAGUAUCUAUCUCUGACAAGGGAACCUUUUUCACUCAUCACUUCAAAUCACGAUGAAAUUAUUUCGUUACGCUAAUUCGAUAUUUUUUGCAACAUGUUUUUUUGGUUACUGUAGAUUCAAGAAAACUUGUUGAAUUCUUGCAAUAUUUGUUUUAUCCAUGAUUUAAAGUGUCGAGUAAAAAAAGGUUGCCCUGUUAGAGAAAAAUCGAAAUGACGUUCUAUCAUAAAAAGGUCACGACAAAAAUACAUGUAUUGUUUUUCUAGUAAUUUUCUUAUUUUUCAUUGAAAUGACAAGUUGCCAGCAGUCCUUUUUUUGCGAACUCACAAUUAAAGUCUGAAACUUCAAAAUCGUUUUUUUAAGACCGCGCAGUUAAGUCAAGAUGCUGAUGCGACUCGCCCAGUUUUUUCUGAGUUGAAAAAGAUGGACGGAACUGAAGAGAGUUUGGCGGUUGAAGGGAAGACAAAUGAUGGAGUUGUUCCAGCGGUUGAUGCGAGUUUGGCGGUGGGAAAUAUCAAUAAGGAUCAAGUUGGUACAAAUGACGUGAGUUUGUUUUUAACAUUUUCUUGAGCGCAAUUUUCACAUUUUUCAGAAAUCCGAAUUUCAAAUAGGCUAAUAUUUUUUUGAACCUGUUUUAGUUCUUGUCUAACCAUCCAAAGCCAACAGGUUCCCCAAUCAUAACAAAAAUAAUUUCAACGAAUAUUUUCAGAUGGGAAGACAGUUUGAAUCAACAUGA